AAGGGGGGGCUGGAGGGAGAUAGGCCUUAGCUGUGGCCGCGUUGGUUUUGAGUUGCAGAGAAGGUGAGGGAGUCUGUGCAUCAUUUGAGAAUAAUGAGGAGAGGAAACAGGCUGCUAAUUAAGGAUAAAGGAUUUGCGAAGAAGGAAGAUAAGUGCAGGGUUGAUGUUAACAGUGGGGCCUGGAUAUGCGAGGAAGUCACCUGCAGAGCUGGAAGAGGUGGCCUCGACCAAGAUAUUUUGCUGCUUCUCAGGUUCUCAGAGGUAUACCCCAAAAUCCAUCGCAGUGACCCAGAGGAUGCUGAGAAAGGGACUACUGGAAACAGAAGCACUCCUCAUAGAUCACUAUUUUGGACGAUCACCCUCUGUGUCAUAGCUGGCAGCGUGAGAACCUUGAGGAGAUAGUUUGGCUGUGCUUUGGCCCCCUGCCUGCCUCUGUUGCUUUGGGAUCCCCUACCAGACAGAAUUCCCCUUCUUGCCUUUCUCCAGAUGCUUGCAGCUAUUUCCCAAAGGGGCAGGUAGCUGUGUGGAAGAUGCUGGAUUCCUGAGUGUCACCCUGGCUCAGGUUAGUAGUAUCCGUCCCACCCAGGGAGGGAGGAUGAUGACGGAAAGUAACCACCACCAACGGGCAGCUAUGGGUAGAGGACGUCGUGGAUCUGGAGCAAAGCAAGUGAAGGAAGACAAUGAAGCUUAUAAAAUAUCCAUACCUUUGGACGAGCCACACCAGAUGGAAUCACAGACUCAAACUCAGCAACAGUUAUAUUAUGGUGUGAGCCCCCCUCAGAAUCUUGAUGAGGCUCCGGAGAUGCCAGCUCCCUCAUUGACUCUGGUGACCAGCAUGAGGACCCAGCUACAUAUGGCCCUGGAGAGGAACUCCUGGCUGCAGAAGCGAAUCGAGGACCUGGAGGAAGAGCGGGACUUCCUGCGCUGCCAGUUAGACAAGUUCAUCUCCUGUGCCCGCCUGGAUGCUGACGAUCACUGCCGCAGCAAGCAGCCCCCACGGCGGUCAGAGGUAUCUGAUAGCCGGAACGGGGAUGUGACAGAUGAUGACAGUAUGGGCUCCUGGCUGAGUGCAAGUCCAGAAGAAGGGGGCUCUGCAGAGCAUAAGAAGCAGAAAGGGGGGCUGAACAGACGGCGCUUUGUCAAGCCCAAAGUCCGCGAGAGGCAGAGAGUCAAAGACGUGGAUGGGGUGCUCUGCCGCUACAAGAAGAUCCUGUACACUUUUCAAAAGCUGCAAAGCAUGAGCCGGGCCUUUGAGCACCACCGAGUGGACCGUAACACUGUGGCCCUGACCACGCCCAUAGCUGAGCUCCUCAUUGUGGCCCCUGAAAAGCUGGCUGAGGUGGGUGAAUUUGACCCGUCCAAGGAGCGCCUGCUGGAGUAUUCCCGCCGAUGCUUCAUGGCAUUGGAUGAUGAGACACUCAAGAAAGUCCAGGCACUCAAGAAGAGUAAACUCCUACUGCCCAUCACCUAUCGCUUCAAACGGAAAACAGACUCCCCUGGCCCUGCAGCCAGCAACCCCCUACCCUUGCCCACAACUCCCCCCAAGCCACCUCCCCCCAUUGCCGACUGCUUCAAGUGAUGAUUCCCUCUCCUCAGUUUGCUCAAACCCACUUUGACAACCCUUCAAUCUCUAUCCUUGACUGGUUAUUGACUAAGCUCCUGCUGUGGUCCCCAGUGCUCUUCUCCUCUUCUCGUGGGCACCUCCACCUUUUCCUGCAGUUCAAAUGCUAAAUGCAGAUUGUGCUUCACAGGCAGGACUAACUCGCCAAUAAGGCAAGUGGGAUCCUUUUAUCCUGGAGUGUCUGCUCUUGAGGGAGCAUCAGCUGACCAGAUACUUGCACCUACAUGUCAGCUGGUUAAAGGCUGCGUAGCAAUGACUGGAUUCAUUUCAUUCUCUUCACUUCCAUCUAAGAACUGGCAAAACAACCAGAAACGUGGGAGUAGGGGGGAGCAAGUUGGUGGUUAGUGUCCCAUCCAAAAGUAAGGUGAAGUGAUGGAUAAGUUGUUUAAGAGUGGCUGCAAAAGUAGACUCGCACUGGUAGGAUUGCCAAGGCAUUCAUUGGAGAUGGUACUUGCAGCCUUGCUAAUAAGCUACUGGCACACUUUUUUAUUACACCAUCUUCUUAUACAUACCAUUCAUUUGUGGCACAUCAACAGCUUGAAAGGACUAAAAUGUCUGCAGAAAUUACCCUGCCUUGUUGGUUGGAGGCCAUCUUAUUUGCCAUAGGCGUGUGUGUGUUGGCAAGGUCAUUGUAAUAGCUCCAGAGCUUUGAGCAAGGAUGCAGUCACCAUGUUUUCAUCCUGCUGUUCAAGGUGGCUAGGCCUUCACCUGAAGGUGACACCUGUCUCCUUAAACAGUUAUUGUAGACCCAAGAUUCACCCACUUCACAUGUCAUCCCACUGCUCCACUCUCCAGCCUGCUGUGGGGCAAGAGUAGAACUGGAAGGGCAGAUUGAAUUGCUGAAUGGACUGCAGUGGUCUCAUCUCUGAUCACUUCGCCACAUUCUUUCUGCAUUCUGAGUUUUUAUUGAAUGCUGCUGGUACCUUAAGUUUUUCUCUUCCAAUUGCCUUUUCACUAUAAUCGCCCUUAGUUUUGGGGAACAAACUGCAGCAUUCAGCUGCCUCCAAAUACUUUCCUGUUGUUUCCCAAAGAUAUUCCCACAUCCCAUGGUCCCACUGCAUCUCUUUACCUCAUGGUUGUCCCGAGAGGCAUCCAUUGAUACCACCUGCCCUUUCCUGUUUUCCUAUUCAAGGCUCCAAAGCUGGGCUGUUUAGUGGCAAACCAUUUACACUUUCUUUUUUGCUCCCUGAGACAGUGUGAGUGUGUAUGUAUGUGUUCCCUUAACACCUUUUGUGGCUUCAGGCUGCUACUGUGUGUGUGUGUGUGGGCAGGGGUUUUGUUUUGUCCUCUGCUCCUCUGGGAUGCCUCCUUUUUAUUCAGUGUAAUUAAUGGACUGUUUCCACCGUGCCUGUAAUUUCUCACCCAGUUUUUUCUGUGUUUAAAAAAAUUAAAAAAGGAAAAUGUUUUAAAAAAAUCAAUUUACUAAGGACUUAAAUUAAACAAAGCAUUUUGAAUAAAACUCA